GGGAGAGGCGCGCGGAGGAUUGGGACUCGUGUUCCGGUGAUGGCUAAAGACGUCGGUCGUUGUGGGCUCAGCGCACUGAAUCCAGGCAGCUUGCCUACCCGAAUGUUACUCUAGGCUUUGCUAGACCGGUCUGCAGCAGCCUCCUGUGCGCCUUCUCACUAUAUGGCCCAUGGAUUUUCUAAACAAAAACUGAUGUUUUUUGACCUGCAUGUGGACACAAGAGUUUCCAUUCUCACAGCAAACCAAAGGAAAAGCACUAUUUUUUUUUUUUACAGACACUUAGUUGAAUUUAUAAAACUCACUCUGCUGAUUUUUAGUAUUUUUAGUUUCCCACCUCUGCUAAUUUCUGGUUUUCAGUAGCUGGUUGAACUUCCCUCCAAACGUGGGUGUAAAAUGGGGUCUGCUAUGGAAGCAGCGGACAUUGCCGUCGUGGCACUGUACUUCGUGCUGGUCUUGCUCGUCGGCCUGUUCGCCAUGUGGAAGGCCAACCGGAGCACUGUGAGUGGGUAUUUUCUCGCGGGGCGGUCCAUGACGUGGGUGGUCGUUGGGGCUUCUCUGUUCGUCAGUAACAUCGGCAGCGAACACUUCAUUGGCUUGGCGGGAUCAGGUGCUGCAAGCGGCUUUGCUGUGGGUGCCUGGGAGUUUAACGCGCUCCUGCUGCUUCAGCUCCUUGGAUGGGUCUUCAUCCCCGUCUACAUCAACUCGGGGGUGUACACGAUGCCCGAGUACCUCUCCAAGCGCUACGGUGGCAGGCGGCUCAAAGUCUACUUUGCCUUCCUAUCGCUUCUGCUUUACAUCUUCACCAAACUAUCAGUGGACCUGUAUGCUGGGGCACUCUUCAUCCAGGAGUCCUUGGGAUGGAACCUGUAUUUGUCUGUUAUCCUGCUGAUUGGCAUGACAGCCCUACUAACAGUCACGGGGGGGCUGGUGGCUGUUAUCUACACUGACACCCUUCAAGCCGUCCUUAUGAUUGCUGGGGCUCUCAGUCUCAGCAUCAUCAGUCUGGUGAAAGUCGGAGGCCUGGAGGGUGUGCGGACCAAGUACAUGCAGGCCGUCCCCAACGUCACAGCAAUCAUGGCAGCUGGCAACUUCUCCUACACUAACUCCUGCCACAUCCAUCCCAAGCCGCAGUCACUCAGGCUCCUGCGUGGGCCGCUGGACGAGGACAUUCCAUGGCCAGGCUUCCUUCUGGGCCAGACACCAGCGUCCAUCUGGUACUGGUGUGCAGACCAAGUCAUUGUGCAGAGGGUGUUAGCUGCUAAAAACAUUGCCCAUGCCAAGGGGUCAACACUUAUGGCUGGCUUUCUAAAGGUUCUGCCCAUGUUCAUCAUUGUAAUCCCAGGCAUGAUUUCUCGAAUCCUCUUCCCUGAUGAACUGGUCUGCAUCAGUCCUGAGCAUUGCCUGCAAGUGUGUGGCAGCCAAGCUGGCUGCUCCAACAUUGCCUACCCUCGCCUGGUCAUGAAUGUCAUGCCCGUGGGACUACGUGGCCUCAUGAUGGCUGUGAUGAUUGCAGCCCUUAUGAGUGACCUGGACUCCAUCUUCAACAGUGCCAGUACCAUCUUCACACUGGACAUCUACAAAAUGCUGAGGAAGGGCUCGUCCUCCAGAGAGCUGGUGGUGGUUGGGAGGCUCUUUGUGAUCUUCAUGGUGGCCAUCAGUAUUGCCUGGGUCCCUGUCAUCAUAGAAAUGCAGGGGGGGCAGAUGUAUCUGUAUAUCCAAGAGGUGGCUGGUUACCUCACUCCCCCUAUUGCAGCCCUCUUUCUCCUUGGUAUCUUCUGGCCACGCUGCAAUGAGACCGGUGCUUUUUGGGGGGGGAUGACCGGCUUUGUUCUGGGGUCCACCCGCUUGAUCCUCGCCUUCGUAUACCGGGAACCACGCUGCAAUCGGCCGGACGACAGGCCGACCUUCAUCACCAGCAUCCACUAUAUGUAUGUUGCCACAGCCCUGUUCUGGCUCUCUGGCCUAGUGGCGGUGGUGGUCAGCCUUGCCACGGAGCCUCCAAAAAAGGACCAGAUUAUUCGCUCAACCAUCUGGGGGCUGCAGAACAGGGAGAAGCUGUCGGCUAGGCACAAGGAAGAGGCCUACAAGCUGACUGACAAGAGCCCCAGCCACUGCAAUGGCACUGGUGGCCUCCACAAGGAGCUUCCCCUGGGCCUCCAGAAGGAGCUGUGUGUGGAUGGGGCUGAAGUAAAGCUACUAGUUGCUCCUAGCAGUGACGGCACUGUAAGCUCUGACACGCCUAGAUCUGUAGACCGCUACAACACAAACGGCCAGGUGGGCAUCAUGCGGCAGGACAGCUCCGAUGAGGGUGGCUGUGGAGGAGAAGGGGGGAGGUGCGUCAAGGUGAUGGACUGGUUCUGUGGUUACAAGGAACAAGCCACAAAGGACCAGCGAAGGAGUGUGGAGGAUGAGGAGCGACUCAUUCAGGAGAUGCUGUAUGAGUCUCCCAGGAUCAAGGUCAUCCUCAACCUGACUCUAUUAGUGGUCUGUUCUUUAGGGAUCUUUAUGUUUGUGUACUUCUCCUUGUAGCUCCCUUUGGAGGGAGGAAUGCCAUUUUGGGUCUGUAAUAUUUACAGUUAGCUACUGUGGUUCAUUAUAACGUUAUCUGCUUUAGUGGGGAUAUAACAGAGAUAAUUGAAGGUUUUGAGCAGGUAUGACACUGUAUAUAAUACCUACUAUUACCAAAAUUAUUUGGGGACUGUAUUUAUUUUUAAUAAGUUGAACUGUUCUAGAAAAGCCUUUUUGUGAAUUUUGUCUGUUUUUAUGUGUUCUGAGGUCUACUGGAGUUUCCCCCCCAACUCGUCUAUAGUGCAGCUGUAGUAGAAUUGCUGUGUUUGGUUCAUUUUCUCAUUUUGGCUCUGGUGGAAAAAUCCUUCUGUACAUUCUGGUGUCUUGCUUAUUUACUUCAUGGUCAGGUAAUGUUUUGUUUAUACUAAUGUUUCAUGCACUGCUUGGUUUUCAGUUUUAACUGGUGCAAGUUUGUGUUGAGGUAUGGGUUGUGUCUACACGUUUAAAUUGCACUUCCUGACCCAGCUGCCAGUGUCUUUUGUUCAAUCUGAAGACCACACACAGCCGUUAUUGUUGGGAAAGACCAGGCAAACAAUGCUAAUAAGUGCUCAUUUCAGAACAAACCCAAGAGUUUCUUUUUUAUUUCCUACAUGACCUUCUUGUUAACACUAAAGGUAAGAUGGGAUUGUUGGCCAAAAAUGAACUCCAGUCAUAGGGCUAUCUUUUCAUUCAUUCAUUCAUUCAUUCAUUCAUUCAUUCAUUCAUUCAUAUCACCUGUAAAUAUAGCUCUGGAAAAAAUUGAGACCACAGCAAAAUUUUCAGUGUUACUUUUCUGAACUUUGGGGUAUGUGUCUGUGUAGAAAUACACAUAUUUUUGCAAACUGCAGACUGGCUCUUCCUUACUUCUCAUUGAUAAAGGGCUUCUUCCUUGCUUUAUCUGUCUUCAUUCCUGCUUCGAGGAGCCAGUUGUGAAGUGCACUGCGAGGACAAUUCAUAUCACUUAAUGUGUUCCAUUCUUUUGGAAGGUCACUUGAGGUCAUGCUCUGAUUUGUUUGAAUGCUAAUGAUCGGAUGCAUUCGAUAAGUUGAUAGUCAUCUCUGAGAGUCGCUUCCACCCUCUACUUGGCUGGUUUUUGGUCAUUGCCAGUAUCUCCUGCUUCACCUUUUUCGUACAGCUGACUUAGAAGCCUGGAAGCAGCCUGCCUUGCAGUGUAGCCUUCUGCCAGCAGAACCAGCAUUAAACCAGAAUUUAAAAAUGCAGAUUUAAAAAAAAUUAUACAGUGGUCUAAAUUUUUUUCCAGAGCUGUAUAUAAGCCUUUGGGUCACUGGUCUUUCUUCCCUACUUCAUUCACUCUGUGUUUCGUUUGCGCAGUGUAUCCUUACACUGCACUGAAGAUAGCUUCACGGCUAAAGGAUCCAAUGGCUGCUGAGAUGAAUCAUUGAAGGCUUUUCCCAUCAUUUAGCACAUGCUACAGGGUUUGUAGUAAUAGCUGAUCACUUGUCUUCAUAUUUGUUAACAACUUUACAUUGUGUUUAAAUUGCUACAUAUUUAUCUCUCUACCAAUAGUUUGAAUGGAUUCUGUAAAAAACACCAUCUUCCUCUAGUGUCUGUUAGGAAAAAAAUGUUGCCUAGAAGUACAUGCAGACAUGCUUUUCCAGAUGGAAUUUGAAUUCGCACUUAUUUGAAAAUAAACACAUUUUUAAAAAUA